CUGAUCUCACCAAAACGACGUUACUGAAAGAUGAAGAUCCCAGUAGCUGUGUUAACGUUGUUUCUCUGCAGUGUGGCUGAGGUCCAGCUGCUGCAGCAGCCAGUUCAAGAGGUCAACUGCACAAAGAUACCCGACAUCGAUCCAGCUUGUGUCUGCGCUGAUGACAUAGCAGGGGGCUAUGAAAAGCAUUACCCACUUAUUGCCAUCUUAAAAGAGCUGCAGGACAAACUGAGCAACACUGAGAAGCAGUUAGAGGAUCUGAGGGCGGAGGUCCGAGGUAACCAGGUGGCAUUCGGAGCAUCUAUUGGUGAUGCUGGAGUUGUUGGUCCUUUUAACACUGAAGUCACACUGACCUACAAGAAUGUCUACUCCAACACAGGAGCAUACAACCCUGCGACAGGUAUUUUCACUGCUGAAGUCAGAGGAGUCUAUUACUUCAGCUUUUCUGGUCAUAAUAGCUCCACUAAGCCAAUGGGGCUGCGGCUGAUGAAGAACGGCGUGCAGAUGGUUACAGUGUUCAACCAUCCAGCUGGAAACCGCCAUGAGACAGCAACCAAUGGCAUGACUCUACAGCUGGAUGUGGGAGACCAGGUGUACAUGAGACUCCGCCAAGACACCUGGAUUUUUGAUAAUUCUAACAACCACAGUACCUUUAUUGGACAUUUGUUGUUCAGGCUGUAAGUCAACACAAAUUAAGAUAAUCAGGAGCUUCAUUAUUUUUUUUGUUGGCAUUUUUAUUAUUGUUUGUGUGGCAAUCAGAUAUGUAUGUUCUGACAUUGGUCCUUUAUGUGUUGAUGAGAGCAACUUGAGAAAUUUCAAUCAAUGUACAAAUCAUGACACAGGUUUAAAGGAAGUCUGACAAAUAUAAAUUCAUCAUAAUUUACACCUUAAUAAACUGUUCAAUUAAUAAAGCAACAAA